CAAUGAUUUGGCAAUUUGGUUGAAACGGGUCGGAAGAAGGCAAAGCAUUUUUGCUUUCUUCUCAUCUUUUGUAAACUAUUUUUGUACUUUUGUAAUACUCUUUGUCUUUAUUUAUUAGGCGUUAGUUUAUCUAAAUGUAACAAACAUUAAGAAAUCUUCGUAAUUAUUCUUAUCAAAUAACGUUCGCAGUAUGUCAAACGCAACUGUGAACAUAAAGUUCCGUUGGGGCCUCACCGCCUCGGAUCCAGAGCGGCAGCCCGUUCUGAUCGUGGGGCAGGUUCCCCAUCUUUGUUCGCUGAAAUGGCAAGAUGUCCGGUGCAAACUUGAGCCCCGAGUCACUGAAGAGGCGUGGCACCGCGGCCUGGCGUGCGUGUCGUCGCCGGCGGGCGAGGCGGCGGAGCUGUGGCCGGGCGCGGCCGCGCUGGCGUCGCUGCCCGCGCGCCGCUCGCGCCACGCCGCGCCCUCGCGUGCGCACGCGCUGGCCAAGAUCGUGCGCUCCCACCAGAGGACCACGGACGAGUUCAUUGUGCUAGUGUGCCGCAAGCGCGACGUGUACGCGAGCGCCGUGGCGAUCGCUCGCUCGCACCCCCUGUUCCAGGCGCGCUCGGGCUCCGCCCCGCUGGGCGCCGCGCCCGCGCCCGCCGCCCGCCAGCUCGUCGUCGAGAUACACCUCGUCAAAGAAGAUGGCCAGGACGGUGACUCGGAAGACGAGUUCUCUGGCUCGCUGCCGGCGGACCUCGCCGACGGCACGCUGUCCUACGAGGAGCUGGCGACGCUGCAGCACGCCGCGGACGCCGCCCGCCUGGCCGCCCGCAUAGCGGACACCCCCUGCAACAUGAUGGACGUUGAUAAGUUUAUCGAGGAAGCGUGUGCCGUGGCCAAAGAGCUGGACAUACCGGAGCCGACGAUAAUCCGGGGCGAGGAGCUGAAGGCGCGCGGCAUGGGCGGCCUCUACGGGGUGGGCAGAGCCGCCGCGAGCCCGCCAGCUCUGGUGGUGCUGAGCUACACGGCUCCCGCCGCCACGGAGACUGUCGCGUGGGUCGGGAAGGGCAUCGUCUAUGAUACCGGCGGUCUCAGCAUCAAAGCCAGGACAUCGAUGGUGGGCAUGAAAGGCGACUGCGCGGGCGCAGCCGCCGUGCUGGGAGCUUUCGCUGUGGCCGUCAAAUCUCAACCCACUGCGAAUCUACACUGCGUUUUGUGUUUAGCUGAGAAUGCUGUGGGCCCACUCGCUACAAGACCAGACGACAUACAUCAAUUGUACUCCGGCCGCACUGUCGAAAUCAAUAAUACCGAUGCUGAAGGCCGUCUCGUCCUUAGCGACGGCGUCGUGUACGCCUCAAGAGAUCUGAAGGCUGACACCAUUGUAGAUGUCGCCACUCUCACCGGGGCACAGGGCAUUGCAACGGGCAAAUAUCACGCGGCCAUAGUGACCAACUCGCGUCGUUUGGAACAGUGGUGUGUGACCGCGGGGUUGAGGUCAGGUGACCUCGCUCACGCUUUGCCGUUCGCGCCGGAGCUACACUUCUCAGAGUUCAGUAGCGCGUGUGCCGAUAUGAAGAAUAGUGUUGCUGACCGCAACAACGCCCAGUCGUCGUGCGCGGCGCUGUUCAUCCUGUCGCACCUGGGGUUCGAGUUCCCGGGGCGCUGGCUGCACGUCGACAUGGCGGCGCCCGCGCACGUCGGAGAGCGCGCAACCGGUUACGGAGUGGCGCUUCUCACCGUUCUGUUUGGACAGCACACUCAGAGCAAGCUAUUGCGCGCCCUGGGUUCCGUUCAGCAAUGAUACGCACUCGUAUCUUGACAUAUUAUGUUAAAUUUAAUUAAGAUUUUAUUAACACGAUAAUUUUUUUUUUAGCGUAACUGUAAUAGUAACAUCAUGUACUUUUUUUUUUUUUGAGGGUAGGUUUUGACAGUUGAGAAGUUGUGAGCGGGACUUGAGAUAUCGGUAUUGAAAUGGUUCUAUUAACUGAAGUUAAAGGUAUCGAUACCAUUUAAGGUUAAUCACUGCGAUGAUGAAAUUUCAUUAAUAAUAAAUAACAAGGCUAAUAAAGUACUGAUAUUUUUAGGGUUUCUUGAAAUAUCGAUACAAAUUUUAAAUGGUCCUAAUAAAUGGACUUAAAAGUUUGUUAGUAUGUACUAAUUAAUGGUACUUACACGCCAAGAAUUAAUGUCAAUUAAACAUUAUUUUUUUAUUUCCCUUUUCAAUGAAAUGGCAUAAAAGAUAAGCAUUUAAGUACAACUUUUGUAUGCAAUCAUGUAGUUUUAAGUUGCGCAACUUACGUCCGCUAGAUGGCAGUAUUUAAACUUUUGCAUUGAGAUGUUUUUUUUCGUAUAAUGGCUCAAUUUACAUGCAAGCACUUAAGCUUAAAUAUAACCAACGUAAUAAACAAACAAAAAAUUGACAAAUUUUACUCUCCAUCUCUUUCAAAUUAGGUCAAUUAGAAAGAGAUUUCAUCUGUUGUUUGUAAAUACAAAUAGUUAUUGCGUGAAAAAAUAACAAACAUACAA